CGAAGCUUCGUCCAGAUGGGGCAAUCUCGAGACCAUUAUGCGGACAAGACUAGUGUUAUUAACUUCUAGAGGUUUUACUUACAGUUUAAGUACGUUUUGUCUUUGUUUCUGAUCCGAACAAGUGAAUUAUUGGAAGAUUUUGUCCGCAAACUAUUCAGUUUUGCAAAGACGAGUCUAUAAUAACAAAGGAACCGAAAAUCUUAGUUGGGGUCUUGAUUCUUUUUUUUUGUAUCCUACAAACUGGCAAUGGAAGAUUCGGACACCAGAGCAAUUCUUCCCGAAGAUACUCUAUCGUCUGUAGACGACGAAAUACGGAUAAAUGACACAUUUUGUAAUAACGAGGAGGUUGAGAAUAAGGGACACAUUUGCUAUAGACGCCCGCCGUUCGCUUGCCCGCUUUCGGUUUCUGUUGAACCCGUAUUGUUCUUAUCGAUGUUCUCGCUGUCACUUCAGUGGCCGCUGUCUACGCAGUACCUAUGGGACCGCAUCAGUGAAGACGUAGGUUACAACGGAACAAAAGGAGGGGGAUGUGCCAACACUUCUGGGCCCCCAGACCCACUUCAAAAGGAGGUAGAGACCCUGACAGCCCACUGGAACCUGUACAUCAACUUGGGAGGAUUUGCAGUGGGGCUGUUUGUGGUGACUCUGCUUGGCUCCUGGAGUGACCAGGGGGGCCGGCGGCCCGUGCUCAUCCUGCCCAGCCUGGGUCUGGCCCUGCAGGCUGGGGUCUACCUGCUGGUCAUGUACCUCAAGCUGCCUGUGGCCUGGUUCCUCCUGGGCAGGCUGCUCUCGGGCCUCUCAGGCGACUUCAACACCAUCCUGGCAGGCUGCUUUGCCUAUGUGGCUGACACCAGUGACAGGGGCUCCCGGACCUUCAGGGUGGCAGUGCUGGAGGCCUGUCUGGGACUGGCUGGCAUGCUGGCCAGUAUCAUAGGGGGGCAGUGGCGUCGGGCACAAGGGUACAUUAACCCAUUCUGGCUGGUGCUGGCCACUAACCUGGCUGCUGCCCUCUAUGCCUACCUGUUUGUAACCGAGUCCGUGACCCCUGACCCCAGUGCCAAACUCUUUACCACCCGUCACCACCGCGCCGUCUACCGCCUCUACUCUGCACUAGGCGACCCCACCGAGCUCGUCAGUUACACAAAAUGGAGGAGGUACAAACUGUGGCUCUACAUCUUCUGCUUCUUCCUGGUGGUGACGGUCCACUUUGGCAGCCGCGAGCUGUUUGUUCUAUAUGAGCUGAGCUCUCCGCUGUGCUGGGGCCCAGGGCUGAUUGGCUGGGGGUCUGCAGCUCAGAACCUGGCCUACCUCAGCAGCCUUCUGGGGUUGAGGACCUUGCAGCGAUGCCUAGAGGACUCCUGGGUGUCUCUGGUGGGACUGGCCUCAAACAUGACCGGCCUGGUGGUCAUCUCACUGGCCAACACUACUGAACUCAUGUUCACAGGCUAUGGGCUGUGCUUCCUCUACAUGGCAGCCACUCCAGUCCUCAGGGCCAAGCUGUCCAAGCUGGUGGGGCCUGAAGAACAAGGUGCGUUGUUUGCGUCGGUGGCCUGUGUGGAGGGGCUGUGUUCCCUGGUGGCCAGCAGCCUCUUUAACUCUCUCUACCCAGCCACCCUGCACAUCAUGAAGGGAUUCCCCUUCCUGUUCGGAGCCCUCCUCCUCCUCAUCCCCACAGGGAUCAUUGGGAUAGUGGAGUGUCGGGAUCAGAGGACAGACAGAAGAGAAGCAACAUCCUGACACUGACAGACAGACAGAAGAGAAGACUCUGCAACAUCCUGACACUGACAGACAGACAGAAGAGAAGACUCUGCAACAUCCUGACACUGACAGACAGACUGAAGAGAAGACUCUGCAACAUCCUGACACUGACAGACAGACAGAAGAGAAGACUCUGCAACAUCCUGACACAGACAGACAGACAGACAGACAGACAGACAACAGACAGACAGACAGACAGACAGACAGACAGACAGACAGACAGACAGACAGACAGACAGACAGACAGACAGACAGACAGACAGACAGACAGACAGAAGAGAAGACUCUGCAACAUCCUGACACUGACAGACAGACAGAAGAGAAGACUCUGCAACAUCCUGACACAGACAGACAGACAGACAGACAGAAGAGAAGACUCUGCAACAUCCUGACACUGACAGACAGACUGAAGAGAAGACUCUGCAACAUCCUGACACUGACAGACAGACAGAAGAGAAGACUCUGCAACAUCCUGACACUGACAGACAGACAGAAGAGAGGGCUGCAACAUCCUGACACAGACAGACAGACAGACAGACAGACAGACAGACAGACAGACAGACAGACAGACAGACAGACAGACAGACAGACAGACAGACAGACAGACAGACAGACAGAAGAGAGGACUGCAACAUCCUGACACUGACAGACAUACAGAAGAGAAGACUCUGCAACAUCCUGACACUGACAGACAGACAGACAGACAGACAGACAGACAGACAGACAGACAGACAGACAGACAGACAGACAGACAGACAGACAGACAGACAGACAGACAGACAGACAGAAGAGAAGACUCUGCAACAUCCUGACACUGACAGACAGACAGACAGACAGACAGACAGACAGACAGACAGACAGACAGAAGAGAAGACUCUGCAACAUCCUGACACUGACAGACAGACAGAAGAGAAGACUCUGCAACAUCCUGACACAGACAGACAGACAGACAGACAGAAGAGAAGACUCUGCAACAUCCUGACACUGACAGACAGACUGAAGAGAAGACUCUGCAACAUCCUGACACUGACAGACAGACAGAAGAGAAGACUCUGCAACAUCCUGACACUGACAGACAGACAGAAGAGAGGGCUGCAACAUCCUGACACAGACAGACAGACAGACAGACAGACAGACAGACAGACAGACAGACAGACAGACAGACAGACAGACAGACAGACAGACAGACAGACAGACAGACAGACAGACAGACAGACAGACAGACAGAAGAGAGGACUGCAACAUCCUGACACUGACAGACAUACAGAAGAGAAGACUCUGCAACAUCCUGACACUGACAGACAGACAGACAGACAGACAGACAGACAGACAGACAGACAGACAGACAGACAGACAGACAGACAGACAGAAGAGAAGACUCUGCAACAUCCUGACACUGACAGACAGACAGACAGACAGACAGACAGACAGACAGACAGACAAGACAGACAGACAGACAGACAGACAGACAGACAGACAGACAGACAGACAGACAGACAGACAGACAGACAGACAGACAGAAGAGAAGACUCUGCAACAUCCUGACACUGACAGACAGACAGACAGACAGACAGACAGACAGACAGACAGACAGACAGACAGACAGACAGACAGACAGACAGACAGACAGACAGAAGAGAAGACUCUGCAACAUCCUGACACUGACAGACAGACAGACAGUAGAUAAACUUCCUCACAUCACAGCUUGAGCCUGGAAGGCCACAGCCUCUGCUGCCCUACAUACACCUUUUUACCAGUAUGCUGGAGAGGUAGCUGACUGUCAUUAGACCACACAGAGUUUGGAUUCCGUGGCUUCAACACCAAAAGACCAAGACCAAAACGCUGGAAUCACCAGCCAACCCACCAUAUCAGACAUCACUGUGCACUACGUCAUCUGAGACUAGAAGAGAAAGAGGUCUGAGUUCUCUGUUGUAUUUUAAACUGAAAACCUAAUGUGAGCUGACAUACAAUUGUGGUCAAAUAAUACCCACAGUACUAUAUCAAACUAUCCAAGGGCAGGCAGAAAAUACAUGAAAUUCAAUAACAGUGCAUCUCAAUGUCACCAUAGCAUGUGAGCAGCAGAUAGAUCGACUUUAGCCCAACUUGUCCAGACUCAACCAUUAGUAUCUCUGAACAAACCGAGACCCAUCCGCUUCUAACAGCAGUCAGGGAGUACUGAGUUACACUGCUUACAGUUUACUGUCAUCCCUCCAUUCAACAGAUAACCCAGUCUAACCCCUUAAGUGCCCUAACACAGCAACCCUGUCACCCCUCCAUACUAUACAAUAGAUAGGCAAGUAAGUGUGUGUGUGUGUGUGUGUGCCAAUAGAUGGCCUAGUCUAAACUCCCUGCUCCCUAAAGUGUUCUCACAUAGCAACACAUGAUAACCCCCCAGCACAAGGCCACAGCUAGCUCACACACACCACACACACUGUCCUGGGUUCAACCCUGAGUAGCACAGGGGGCAACCAGAUAUCUUAUAACACAUUUAAAAGGAUGCAACAGAAACUGAGGGGUUGCGGUCAGGGGGAGAGUUGAAGCAUUACUGUCACUCAGUAUUUGGGUGAUAUAUUUUGAUUUGCUGUUAGGGAGAAGUAAGGCCUGUGAUAGGCCUACUGGCUUUCUGUUUUCUGAAAUCAUGUAACCAAUGUGUUCAAUGCACUGACUGGAAGUUGCUUUGGAUAAGAGUUUCUGCUCAGUAUUGUGAAUUGAUUUGAAUGUCUGCACCGUACAGUAUUACUGAUUUUUAAAUACUGUGAAUGAUAUUUAUCAUCUUUAGAAAAUGGUACGAAUGAAUGAUUGAAUCAUGCCAAUGAUAUAUUUGACACUUAAAGUUAAGUGGCUUCUUAUGAAAUAUUAUUGCCUCAUAAAAGAUUUAUAGCAUCUUGUAGAUGCUGAUGUGGAAAGCCAAUUAUAUAUUUGAUAACAUUUAACUGGCUUCUUAUGAAAUGUUAUUGCCUUAUAAAACAUUUAUAGCACCUUGUAGAUGCAGAAGUGGAACAUAUGAAACUCUACAAUAAAGCAAGCCACAAAAGGUCAUGGUAUAUGAUGAGUGUUUCACAACUAGGGGCCUUCCGCCUCAUGCCUUACUGAUUUAGUAUACCGUUUCAUAAUUCCAUUGAAUCCAUUAUCUGCCAUGAAUAUGUUAAUAAUAAUAAUAAUAAGGCAAUAUAACGCUUCAUAAGAAUCCAUUUCAAGGACAGUGUUGCACUGUAUUUUAAUGCACAGAAAGAUUCACAGAUUUACUGUAUCCUUUUUAUUGCGGCACUAUAUUGUAAAAUGACAACAAUGCCUAAAUCUUGAAGUCCAAAAUGUCUAUGUAUACAGUAUUUAAUCAACAUACCUAUAUUAAGAGCAACACAUAUAUUAAGGCAACAGGGGAAAUAGCCCAGAAGAGCCAUCAAAACAGUGUCAAGAUAUAGCUAGCAGUGCUGAGAGCAAAUACAGAAGCUUGGGACUGAGGUGACAUUUUUUGUUUUCCUUCCCCCCACACUGUUUAGUACUGUGUGGAUACAUACGUAUCUACUGUACAUCACUAACAGAUAUGAAUCCACAAAACCAACACCUCACGAAUAACCUAAUAAUUCCAUGUUUAAAGUAAAGUGUUAGCAUUCCACUUCGUUGAAUUAUAAAUACAAAAACUUGGUGAUUUUA